AUGACAACUAGCACCAACCACCUCCUUAGCGUCCCCAACAACACGCACCGCAACUGGUGGAAAGACAGGUCUCUGCGCCUGAAUCUCCUACACUGCGCCGGCUGCUGUCUCUGUGUCUUCUACCUGGGUUAUGACCAGGCACUUCUCGCGGCACUCCAAGCCAUUCCAGCAUGGAACGCCUACUUUAACACACCGACGGGUACGACGCUCGGUCUAAUCGCGUCAUCGCUCUACUUCCCGGGCUUGUUCGCUUCGUUCUUUGGCAGCUGGGUGUCGAUGAAGUACGGCCGCAAGCCCACAGUCUGGAUUGGGUCGGUGCUCAUCAUCAUCGGCACCUUUGUCAAUACAUUUGCCACAACCACUGCCAUCUUUUGCGGCGGGCGCGUCUUGAUCGGAGCUGGCGGCGCCAUCACCAAGGUAGCGGCGCCUGCUCUGCUCAACGAGAUCGCUCACCCACGCAUCCGCUCCGUCGUUGCAGCGAGCUACUAUGGAUGGUUCUUCCUCGGAUCCUCGCUCUCGUCCUGGCUCUGCCUCGCCGGCCUUUACAUUCCGAACGACUGGAGCUGGCGCAUGCCGUGCAUGUUCCAGCUUUUAGCACCCAUUUUGGUCAUUGCCAUCACAUUUACCGGCCCCGAGUCGCCGCGCUUUCUCAUCAAUCAAGGUCGCAACGACCAGGCACUGGAUGUCCUCGCAAAGUACCACGCCAACGGCAAGGUCGAUGACCCUCUCGUGCAGCUCGAGUAUAGUGAGAUCUGCGCCGCGCUCGAGUCCGAGGGCGAGGAACACAAGUCGUCUUGGAUGGACUUGGUCCGGACAAAGGGCAACCGAAGGCGGAUCACCAUGGCUAUCCUGAUGGCAUGUGGAACCAACUGGACUGGUUCAGGCCUCCUCGGGUACUACCUCACUCCGAUUCUCGCCAGUGUUGGCAUCAAGGACCCUAAGCAGACCACCUCCCUCAACGGUGGUCUCGCCCUGUUCAACUUGCUGUCCUGUGAGCUCGCCGCGACGCAAGCCGAUAGGAUCUCUCGCCGAGUUUCAUUCUUCGUAUCAGGCGCAGGAAUGAUUAGUUCCAUUGCCAUCGUGACGGGAAUGUCCGCAACCUUUGCUGCAGGCAAACAGGCGUUCGGCAUUCCGACCGUGCCGUUUAUUUUCAUCUUCUUUUUCUUCUACGACAUUGCAUGGAUGGCCCUUCCAUUCCAUUACUGCACCGAAAUCAUGCCAUUCCACCUGCGCACAAAGGGCCUCGCCAUCUUCACUGCUGUCCAAACGUUUGCCAACGGCUUCAACCAGUUUGUCAACCCGAUUGCGUUCAAGGCGAUUACAUGGCGGUUCUACAUUGUCUAUAUCGUGAUCAAUGCGGCCUACGCUGUGUACUUUUUCUUCUUCCUCAUCGACUCACGAGGCAUGUCGCUCGAGUCGACGACACUCCUCUUCGACUACCCACGCAAGGAGGCCCGCCAGCGUGCCGAGGAAGAGAUGCAGGCCCGCGUCGCCGCUCGUGCCGAGGCCGCGAUGACAAAGGCCGAUCUGAAGACGGAGAACAGCGAGAUCGAACUUGUCGAGGAUGCCGCCGAGCUCAACAAGGAUGGGAACAUGUACAAAGCGUAA